AUGCUCCAAUCAGCACAUCACUCAGACCUGACAUAUUCUGUCAGUACCUACUUUACUGCUGAUCUGUGGGCGAUUCAAUGGGCUGGAAUCCCUAUGGCCAUUCCUGAGAUCCCACAUAGGCCUUUCAUAGAGCUUGUAUUGGCUCGCAGCUUCAGGCAUCUCUCUCUCUUCUAUAUGCUUGUGGGUGCGUGUAUACUGCAGAACAGUCAUCCAGAUUGCACCGUGCCAGAUAAUCAGCUGCAGCCCUACAAUACUAUGGGCAUGUGGGGUGAGCAAAAGGGAGUCACAACCACAGGAAUUCUUAUCCUUGAGCACUGCAGGACGAUGUACUCUACCUCAGGGACUGAGCGCGCUGUCCGACUCAUCCAGGACACUCUGAGUUAUGGGUGCCUUACCCAUUUCACCAUUCCUGCUCUUCAGAGGCCUAUCUUGAGCUAUUUGUUGGUCUCAGAAGUCAAGGACGCUGUGCAAGAGAUGCUUUCUCCCGACGUCCUGGAUAUCACAAUCUUCCGGAGCCCCACGUUUUUGGCCCUUUUCAGUCACAGGGUAGUCAAGAUCUUGUGCAGCCUCAAGGAUAUCGUACUCAGAGGCUACUUCAGUUUGACUCCCUCUAAGAUGUAUGGCUUCAGCAGUUUUGAGGAGCUCGCAAAUGUCUACAACAUGAUUAUCAGCCAUCUGAAAAAGCAGAGCUUCGAUGCAGCCUACUCUGGCUUGCGGACGCUCUCCACCGAUCUUAUGUCCAACUUUGUACUGCUAGACUUCAACGAAGACAUCACGAUCUGGGUCAAUCGCAUGCGUACGCCUUGUUUGUUAUGUGAGCAUGCUUGGGUAUUGACCAUGUUGUCCUUUAGCCCCUGUGCAGAUUGCUGGAACGUCAGCAGAGAGUUCACAUGCCAGCAUGGACGUGGUGACAUAGCUGUCCCUGGUUGA